AUGGCGCCGCUCGUCGACAACGCGCAGAUCCAGUCUGCCGAGUUGUUGAGGCCGCUGCCUUUCUACCUCCACGCCUACGUCUGGCCCUUUGCCAUCAUCUGGCCCAUCUUCUUCCGCUACUACCUCGAUCAAGACCUCUAUGAAAAGCACAUCAACGGCCAGGAAUGGACCUUUGUCUGGUCCGGCACCAUCGUCACCGUCCAGGCCCUGGUCUGGCUCUGCACCCACUGGAACAUCAACCUUCGUGCCGCUUUCACCGCGAAGAAGGCCCGCUCCGUUCAAGAUGCCCAGCUGAUCAAGGUCAUCCCCAUUGCUAACGCUGGCAUCUCCGAUAUCUGCCCCAUUGUGCGCGAUACUGCCGGAGGCAAGACCAACACCUCGUUCCUCUUCCAGAAGCGCCGAUUCCUCUACAAUACCGAGACCAACUCUUUCAGCACCCUUACGUACAAGAUCGAUGAAGAGCCCAAGCCCAAGCUCGAAACCUUCCAAAAGUCCAAGGGCAUCACGACCGCCUCGGAGCUCGACCGCCUGGAGCAGCACUAUGGCACCAACACGUUCGACAUCCCCGUCCCUACCUUCACUGAGCUCUUCAAGGAACACGCCGUCGCCCCCUUCUUCGUCUUCCAGGUCUUCUGCGUCGGUCUGUGGAUGCUGGACGAAUACUGGUACUACUCGCUCUUCACCCUGUUCAUGCUCGUCGUUUUCGAGAGCACCGUUGUCUGGCAGCGCCAGCGCACCCUUAACGAAUUCCGCAGCAUGAGCAUCAAGCCCUACGAGAUCUACGUCUACCGCCUCGGCAAGUGGACCGAGACCACGAGCGACAAGCUCCUCCCCGGUGAUCUUGUCUCGGUUACCCGUACGAAGGAGGACAGCGGUGUUGCUUGCGACAUGAUCCUGGUCGAAGGAACCGCCAUCGUCAACGAGGCCAUGCUUUCCGGCGAGAGUACCCCUCUGUUGAAGGAUUCCAUCCAGCUCCGUCCCGGUGAUGCUCAGAUCGACACCGAGGGUCUUGAUAAGAACGCUUUCCUGUGGGGCGGCACCAAGGUCCUUCAGAUCACCCACGGUAACCCCGACGAGGAGAAGCCGAAGCUUGCCUCUGGUGUUCCUACUCCUCCCGAUAAUGGCGCCAUGGCUAUCGUCACCAAGACUGGUUUCGAGACUUCCCAGGGUAGCUUGGUUCGCACCAUGAUCUACUCGACCGAGCGCGUCUCCGCCAACAACGUUGAGGCCCUGUUCUUCAUUCUGUUCCUCCUGAUCUUCGCCGUUGCCGCUUCUUGGUACGUCUGGGAUGAGGGUGUUCGCAAGGACCGCAAGCGCUCCAAGCUUCUGCUCGACUGCGUCUUGAUCGUCACCAGUGUCGUUCCCCCUGAGCUGCCCAUGGAGCUUAGCUUGGCUGUCAACACCAGUUUGUCUGCCCUUGCCAAGUACGCCAUCUUCUGCACCGAGCCCUUCAGAAUUCCCUUCGCUGGCCGUAUCGACGUCGCCUGCUUCGAUAAGACCGGUACCCUGACUGGCGAGGAUCUCGUUGUUGAGGGCAUUGCUGGUCUUGGCCUCGGCCAUUCUGGCACCGACACCCCGCGCGAGUCCGAUGGUGCUCACAGCCACAUGACCCCUGUUGACGAGGCCGGUUUGGAGACUACUCUUGUUUUGGCCACCGCCCACGCUCUUGUUAGGCUCGAUGAGGGAGACAUUGUUGGUGAUCCCAUGGAGAAGGCGACCCUUACUGCCCUCGGCUGGUCUCUUGGCCAAAACGAUAUGCUCAAGACCAGGCCCGGCGCCAAGAGUACCGUCAAUGGCAACGUCCAGGUCAAGCGCCGCUUCCAGUUCUCCAGUGCCCUGAAGCGUCAGAGCUCCGUCGCCACUAUCAACGCUACCGAUUCCAAGACCGGACAGAAGCUCAGAGGCACAUUCGUUGCCGUCAAGGGCGCGCCCGAGACGAUCAUGAAGAUGCUGGUUACCAUCCCCAAGGACUACGAAGAGACCUACAAGUACUUUACUCGCCGCGGUUCCCGUGUUCUGGCUCUCGCCUACAAGCAACUGACUACCGAAAACGAGCUGGGUUCCAGCAAGAUCAACGACCUUAAGCGCGAGAACGUUGAGGCUGACCUCACCUUUGCCGGUUUCCUUGUCCUCCAGUGCCCUCUCAAGGAGGAUGCCAAGCAGGCCGUCCAGAUGCUCAACGAGAGCAGCCACCGUGUCGUCAUGAUCACCGGAGAUAACCCGCUUACCGCUGUCCACGUCGCCCGCGAGGUCGAGAUCGUUGAUCGUGAUGUUCUCAUCCUGGAUUCCCCUGAGCACAGCGCCCACGGCGAGGAGAAGCUCAUCUGGCGCAGUGUCGAUGACAAGGUCAACAUCGAGGUUGACCCUACCAAGCCCAUUGACCCUGAGAUCAUCAAGACCAAGGAUCUAUGUGUUACCGGUUACGCUUUGGCCAAGUUCAAGGGAGAGGUCGGCUGGAAGACUCUGCUCCGCUACACCUGGGUCUACGCUCGUGUGUCGCCCAAGCAGAAGGAAGACAUUCUGCUCGGUCUCAAGGAUAUGGGUUACUACACUCUCAUGGCUGGUGACGGCACCAACGAUGUCGGCGCUCUCAAGCAGGCUCACAUUGGUGUUGCUCUCCUCAACGGCACUCAGGAAGAUCUUAUUCGCAUCGCCGAACACGCCCGUAACAACAAGAUCAAGGACAUGUACCAGAAGCAGGUUGAUCUCAUGAAGCGCUGGGGCCAACCCGCUCCCCCGGUUCCCGCUCUCAUUGCUCACCUCUACCCGCCUGGACCUUCUAACCCCCACUACCAGGUUGCCAUGGAGCGCGAGGCUGCUAAGAAGGGUGUUACCGUCGAGAAGCUUGCCAAGUCCCUCCACCACAAUGCUCCUGUCGAGACCAUCACCUCCCCCGGCGCCCAGGCUCUCAUCAACCAGGACCCCAAGCAGAGACAGCAGGCUGCCGCCGCCCAGAAGGCGUCCACCUUUGCUGACAAGCUUACCUCUGGUAUGAUGGACAUGGACAUGGAUGACGACGAGCCUCCCACGCUUAAGCUUGGUGAUGCCUCCGUCGCUGCCCCUUUCACUUCGAAGCUCCGCAACGUUAUCGCCAUUCCCAACAUCAUCCGUCAAGGCCGCUGCACUCUGGUUGCCACCAUCCAGAUGUAUAAGAUCCUUGCCCUUAACUGUCUCAUCAGCGCUUACAGCUUGUCUGUCCUCUACCUGGAGGGUAUCAAGUUCGGUGAUGGCCAGAUCACCAUCAGCGGUAUGCUCAUGAGCGUCUGCUUCCUGUCCAUCUCGCGCGCCAAGUCGGUCGAGGGUCUCUCCAAGGAGCGUCCCCAGCCCAACAUCUUCAACUUUUACAUCAUCGGCUCCAUUCUCGGCCAGUUCGCCGUGCACGUGGUCACGCUCAUCUACAUUGCCCGGUUCUGCGACCAGAUCGCGCCUCGCUCCGAGAGCGUCGACCUCGAGGCCGAGUUCUCUCCUUCGCUGCUCAACUCUGCUGUCUACCUUCUCCAGCUCAUCCAGCAGAUCUCCACCUUCGCCGUCAACUACCAAGGCCGCCCCUUCCGCGAGUCUAUCUCUGAGAACAAGGGCAUGUUCUACGGUAUUAUCGGUGUCACGGCCAUUGCUUUCGCUUGCUCUACUGAGAUGGUGCCCGAGCUCAACGAGCAGAUGAAGCUCGUGCCCUUCACGGAUGAGUUCAAGUGGACGAUGACUAUUGUCAUGAUCUUGGAUUACGUGGCCUGCUGGCUCAUUGAGAUUGUCUUCAAGUACCUGUUCAGCGACCUCAAGGCCCGCGACAUUGCCGUGCGCCGUGAGGAUCAGUUGGAGAGGGAGAAGAUCCGCAGGGCCGAGGAGGUCAAGAAGCUUGAGGAGGAGAAGAGGAAGAAGGAGGAGGAAGAGGAGAAGGCCAGGAUGGAGAAGGUGGCCGAGUUUGAGAGGCGGUUGCGGGCGAGAAUGGGGGCAUAG